UCGGCGCUCUCCCGGAGCGUUCGGCAAGUUUCCGCAGCGGGGGCUUUGAUGAUCUUCGGCGCUAACGAGCGUGCGACGGCGAAGGGAACUGGGAAUGGGGUCAAAAGUGGGCUCGGCAUUGACGCGUGGGAAAUCGGACAGGAUUUAUGACGCCGUAGUCAAGCUUACAAAUCGCUCUCGGAUGCCUUUAAUUUGAACCACUCCUUUCCCCUUUCUUCGAGUCUUUCCUCCUUUCACCGGGCAGGUAUCACCAAACCGCUGAACACCACAAACAGACAUCACAAUGGCCUCUAAUCCUCCCUCCAAGUGCUGCGUCAUGGGCUUCCGCCAUGAGGGCGAGCCAACCGGCACCAUGACCAAGGUCGCCGACAAGUGGGACGCCUACAUCGCCCAGCCCACUGGCUCCCAGAAGACCGGCAAAGCCCUCCUCUUCCUUCCCGACAUCAUCGGCAUCUGGCAAAACUCCAAGCUGAUGGCCGACCAGCUGGCCGCCCAGGGCUACCUUACCAUGGUUCUCGACAUCCUCAACGGCGACCCGCUCCCGCUCAACCGCCCCGACGACUUUGACAUCAUGGGCUGGCUGACCAAGGGCAGCACCGGCGAUAACCCGCAUACCAAGGACUUCGUCGAUCCCAUUGUGCAGGCCGGAAUCAAGGCUCUGAAGGAGCAGUAUGGAGCGACCAAGAUCGGAGCGUUGGGAUACUGCUUUGGUGCCAAGUCCCUUGUCCGCAACAUGACGGCCACCGCCCCCUACACCGGCAUCGACGUCGGCUUUGUCGCCCAUCCCUCCUUCGUCGAGGAGGAAGAGCUCGCCGCCAUCUCCGGUCCUUUGGCCAUUGCCGCCGCCGAGACUGACUCCAUUUUCCCUGCCGAGCUGCGCCACAAGUCCGAGGAGAUCCUCAAGGAGACGGGUUUGCCCUACCAGGUCACCCUGUACUCUGGCGUCUCCCACGGCUUCGCCAUGCGCGCCGAUCUCAGCAAGAAGCCGGAGAAGUUUGCGAGGGAGCAGGCGUUUGCGCAGGCUGUCGCUUGGUUUGGAGAGUAUUUGGAGUAAAGGGGAUGGAGUAGAUGAGAUACCCGAACCUGGUUGGAGGUGUUUGCUAAUUGCUUGCCCGGGAGCAAGCGAGAGAGCGAAUAUCGAUCGUUGUUGAUACGUAAAUGUACGAACCAAAGGACGAUUUGAUGAAUGUGAAGAACAAAAGUACAGUCGCAUAAAGCCCACACGCCCGUUUCCCUCCUUCAUAUCAUGGCAGCUUCAUGGUCCCUCCACCCAACUCCAUGCCUAGCUCCAUUCCCCUCGACUUUAGAGAGCCUUGUGGUAAACUCUAUACCUAGCCUUCCUCGC